AUGGGGGACAGUGAGAAAAAGAAACAGGAAGAUGCUUUAGGAACUAUCACACAACCAGCUAAAUGCCGAGCUUGCUAUCAUGUUAUGCUAUCAUCGGAUAUUGUGCACUGUAUCAAAUGUUCUUCUGGCUAUCAUCCCCUCUGUGCGAAAAAUGCCGGCAAAUUGACCAAUGGUGCCAUUCAAAAAUGCUGCGGGCCCAAGAAAAAUGCCACUGUUGACGACAUUAAGGAGCUACUUGGUCGCUUGAGAGCGGAUAUCAAUAUUGAUCUCCAAAAAACGGCUGAAAAUCUUCGUGGGUCAUUUGAAGAAGCGACAGCAAAACUGGGUGCCAGAAUUGGUGCUGUAGAGGAGAAAAAUACCUUGAUCGAGAAAAAGGUUGAUGAUUGUCAAAAGAACCUGGAGAUAUGUACUGACUCGAUUAAUGUUAUUGGAAAAAAAAUGCAAUCAUUAACGUCAACUGAACCGAAUUCACAAUAUGCCUGCAUACUUGCCGAAGUUGAAGAGAGAGAAAAUCGUAGAAAAAAUGUUAUGGUAUUUGACCUUGCUGAAUCUACUGCAGCAACAAAUGCGGAACGUGUUGCCCAUGAUAACAAGGCAAUAUCUAAUAUCUGUGCUGCACUUGAUUUAAGCUCGGCAGGUUUCCGAUCUUAUCGCAUUGAAUCUUGUGGCGAAAAAAAGAAGCACAGACUUACCUGCAAUCCUACAAGGAAUAUCGAUCACGAGAGAUCUAACGCCGCUACAACAAUCUCAUCAGAAAACAGUAAAAGCAGAACUCAGACGUCGCCAAGCAGAAGGGGAAGCAGACCUACGUCUUGUGAUGAGGAAUGGAUCCUACAGUGCGAUAGACGAGAGACAUUCAGGAAGACCGGAGGUGGUGUACUUAUUUCUUGCAACCAAAUUUAUGACGCAAAGUCAAUUAAUUUGGAUUUCAUUACGCAACGGUUUCCCCAAAUAGAUGCUGUUGGUGUUGAAAUAGGAGCUAGCAAUUUUAUCUGUAUUAUAGCAGUAUACAUUCCACCUGAUCUCCACUCCCAGAUAUUUGCGGACUUCCUGGACUGUCUCUCGUCAUCUAUUAUCAUGGAUGCCGAUUCACUGAUGCUCAUUGGUGACUUUAACUCUCCUCUCUUCCACGCACACUUCAGCAGCAGCAGUUAUAGUAGCAAAUCGGAAUUAUUACUAUCCUUUAUUGCAUUACAUAACCUGAAUCAAUUCAAUAAUGUGCUGAAUACUCAUGGGCGAACGUUGGACUUGGUAUUUUCUUCAACUGACUGUUUAGUUGAACGUGUUGAAUAUCCUAUCGUUAAACUCGACCAAUAUCACCCUACAUUAGCUAUUACCUUGCAACUGAAUAUCGAGAAACGUCGUAGUGUUUCUAAAAAGCCGGUCGGUGCCUUUAACUUUCAUAAGUACGAUAAAGACAAAUUAAUAACUGAAUUAGGAAAUAUAGACUGGUCACCACUACUUGAUAAUAUUGACCCUGAUGCCAAGUGUAAACUUUUUUAUAAGAUGUUGGAGAAAGCAUUUAAUAUUGCCAUUCCUCGUGUUAAAGGCACUACAUAUUGCACAACAUUAUACCCUACUUGGUUUUCGGGUGAUAUUAUUAGGGAAUGUAAACUUAAAGAUAAAUACAGAAGAAAACUACGGCAGAAUCCAACACCCUACCAUAGAGAGCAAUUUAAAGCAUUACGUAAGUCACUAAAAGAUAAGAUAAGGUUAACAUAUAAUACACAUCAACAAGAAAUAGAAAACAAUAUUUCGAAAAAUCCAAAAUGUUUUUGGAACUACAUUAAGUCAAAAAAGCAGCAUAAUCAGUUCCCAACAAGCUUCUUAAUUGAUAACAGAGAUUGUUCGGACCCGCAGCAAAUUGCUAAUUCCUUUGCAUCUUUUUUCAGCAGUGUGUUCAAUCCCUUGGACACCCUGCCGGCUUAUAAUAAUUGUGGACAUAAACAUUUAGGACAACUUAAACCGCCGAAAGAGUCAGAUGUCCUAGAUUGCAUAAAGAAACUGCCCAGUAAAUGGUCUGCUGGAACUGAUGGCAUCCCUUGCAUUAUUGUAAAAGAUUGUGCGAAUGUCCUAACAUAUCCAUUGACAAUAAUUUUUGAAUCCUGUAUAUCUGUGGGUACUUUCCCGCGGGACUGGAAGGAGGCUAAAGUCUGCCCGAUUCACAAGUCUGGGGAUAAAUCCAAUAUCAAGAACUAUCGCCCGAUCUCUAUCAUCCCUACAUUUGCAAAAGUAUUUGAAAUGCUUUUGUAUGACCUGAUCCUCCAAUACUUCAAGCCAAUUGUCUCACCCUCACAGCAUGGAUUUUACAGCAAGAGAUCAACUGUUACUAAUCUUUUGCCCUAUACUCAAUAUUUAUAUGACUCUCUUGCUGAAGGAUCCCAGGUUGACGUCAUUCAUACUGACUUUGCUAAAGCAUUUGAUAGAGUUGAUAUCUCCCGAUUAAUUGAUGCUUUGAACAAGUUGGGUCUGCCAGAGCUUCUAAUCAAAAUGCUGAGAUCAUACUUACUAGGGAGGCUGAAUGUAGUGUUGUACAAUGGGUAUCUAUCAGUACCCUAUCCUACGACUUCUGGAGUACCCCAGGGGUCUAACCUAGGGCCACUACUAUUUAUUAUCUUUAUUAAUUCUAUUGGCAAUCAUAUUUCUUGCUUCUUUGACCUUUUUGCUGAUGACGCAAAAUAUUAUCUUGCAGUUAGAUCCGUAGAUGACUGUGUUUACCUGCAAAGAAAUCUGGAUGUUGUUGCGGCUUGGUGUCGCGACAAUAAGUUACACCUGAAUGAGGAAAAGUGUAAGGUCAUCUCAUUUUCCAGAUCUCGUAACCAGAUUCGUUUCGAUUAUAAAAUUAAUGGUGUUGUGCUACAGAGAGUUAGUUGUUGUAGGGAUUUAGGAGUUAACUUUGACUCCAAGCUUGCUUUCUCCCAACACUACAGGUCAAUUGCUUUAUCAGCAACUAAAACCUUAGGUUUUGUUAUCAGAGCAACUAAGGACUUUAAGAACUUAAAUACUAUAAAAUUGCUUUUUGAGUCACUUGUUCGCCCAAAGCUUGAGUAUGCAGCGCUAGUGUGGUCACCCACUUAUAAGAGACAUAUUAUGUCCCUUGAAAAAGUCCAACGCAGAUUUUUAAAAUAUUUAUCUUGGAAGAAAAAUGGUACGUAUCCUGCGAUUGGAAUCGAUUACUUAGAACUGUGUGCUGAUGCUGGGGUGUUGACCUUGGAGGAGCGAAGAAGUUGUGCCGCGAUACUGUUCGUAAAAAAUUUAUUUCGAGGUUUUGUGGACUGUUCCAAAAUGCUGGAAACUGUUCCAAUUAAUGUUCCAUCUAGAAUAAAUAGAACAAAGCUUUUAUUACGUCCGAAAGUAUCGCGGACAAAUUUCUCUCAAUCUUCUCCCCUGCACAGGCUGAUUGCUGUUUGCAACCAAAUAGACCAAAAUGGGAACUGUGAGGUGGACAUUCUAGCUUAUAACCAGCCACUGACUUCAGGUGUGUUGGCCUCCAUGAUAACUCAGUACCGCUAG